CAUCUGCAAUUUGCAUUUUCAAUGCUAUAUACUUACCAGUUUCAGAAUUUUUAGAAAUGGAUAUUUUUUCUGAAGAAAGGUCCAUAAUAGAACAUUCCUUACUACAAUUAAGCCAAGCUAGAAAAUUCAACAGAAGUAUACUUACAUCUGAAGAAAUUAACAAGUCUUGUUUAUGCAAUGUGACUGCAGACUUUGAUCCUAUAAUGAACUGUUCUUGUGAAGGGAACCUAACUACAUCAUUAUUUCCUAUUCUUUAUGAGAAAAACUGGUCUGCUCUCUUAACUAUUAUUGUGAUUAUUAUAACCAUUUUUGGAAAUAUUCUAGUCAUCUUGGCUGUUUCACUAGAAAAGAAGCUGCACAAUGCCACAAAUUAUUUCCUGAUGUCACUUGCAAUAACUGAUAUGCUCUUGGGUUUUCUUGUCAUGCCAAUAUCAAUGCUAACUAUAUUAUAUGAAUACAGGUGGCCAUUGCCCAGAAAUCUCUGUGCUCUGUGGAUUUAUUUAGAUGUGCUCUUCUCUACUGCGUCCAUCAUGCAUCUCUGUGCCAUAUCUCUGGAUCGCUAUAUUGCCAUUCAAAAUCCCAUUCAUCAUAGCCGGUUUAACUCCAGAACAAAGGCCUUGGCAAAAAUUGCUCUUGUUUGGAUGGUAUCAAUAGGUAUUUCAAUGCCAAUUCCUAUAUUUGGAUUCCGCGAUGAUUCUAAAGUUUUCAAGAAUGGAAGUUGCGCUCUUGUGGAUGAGAAGUUUGUUUUAAUUGGUUCUUUUGUAGCAUUUUUUAUUCCACUUACUAUCAUGGUGAUCACCUAUUUUUUAACUAUAAAAUCCCUUCAAAAAGAAGCCACAUUAUGCAUGAAUGAUCUUGAUUCAAAAGCUAAGUUUGGCUCAUUCAGGUUUUUUCCUCAAAGUUCUCUUUCUUUGAAGAAACAUUCUAUACACUCUCUGAACAAAGAAUCAGGAACUUUUAGGAGGAGAAAGAUGCAAUCAAUAAGUAAUGAACAGAAAGCAUCCAAGGUACUUGGAAUUGUCUUUUUCCUGUUUGUGGUAAUGUGGUGUCCUUUUUUCAUCACAAAUAUAAUGGUAGCUUUUUGCAAAGAGGUGUGUGAUAAAGAUGUAAUUGAGGAUCUGCUUAACAUUUUUGUUUGGAUUGGCUACCUUUCUUCAGCAGUCAACCCGCUUAUAUAUACAUUAUUCAGUAAAACCUACCGAUCCGCUUUUGUACGUUACAUCCAAUGUCACUACCAAGAGAAAAAGAAACCUCUGCAGUUAUUCUUAAUGGACACUAUCCCUACUGUAGUGUACAACUCACAUCAGAUAACACAAAUGAAAAGCUUUAGAAAGGAAUCUAAGUUGAUGGCUAAAGACUAUUCUACAGGGACAUCUGAAAUACAUGAUCUGGAGGAAACCUUAAAGAACAAAGUCAGCAACAUGAAUGAAAAGGUUAGCUACUUGUGA